AUGCCUUCUCGAGCCCUUUGGACUCUUCUUCUUUUCCUGCCUUAUUCUGUCCAUGCCCUGUUUGGUUUAAGUAACGAGACUGAUUUCUGGUCAGAAUUUGGCAACAACUUUGCGACCGACCUAGCGCCCAUCAUUUCUCUCUUUGGAGAGCAAGUCACCAAACAGUUCCUGAGCGAGUCAACCACCAGUCUCGAUACCGUCAUCUUCGCCGUCGGCCCUCUUGGAAUCAUCACCGCCAUUGUAUCUUGCAUCCGAGUCUCUGGUAGCUCGUUCCUCAAGUCGGUUGUUGGACGAGCACGCGAACCGCGCGCGGUCCCAGAGGUUGAACUUUGCUCUUCCACCAGCGAAAGCGUGUGUGAACUAUGGUCGAAUGGUGGCAUUUGCCGAGUGUUUGGUCGCCCAAGGAUCCUCGAAUUCAUUUUUCGUGAGCCAAAAGAGGAUGAUGACUAUUACGCCCGAUGCGAUCGCCACGGCAAAGAGGAAGAACCAGCAACCUGUGGCAUUUUCUUGACUAGAGAAAUUCUGAGAGUGGCUCCAUGCUUAUCGGGUCUUGCUACGACAAGCAAAGUACAAGAGUGUGGUUGGAGAGCGAUUUCCUCUCUAGAAGUCCUUUUCGUCCCAUUCUCGAAUUUAAUCCACCAAACCAUCACAUGGAUAAAAAGAGGAAUCAAAAGGGUUUUCAACACGGCGACGACCUCACCGCCUGAAGAUAUAGAGCUACGCAGUCUGAGUCAACCCUACAGAAGAGCGAUAGGGGCCAAGUGUGAAGAUGGCAUGGCCGAGUUCGCCCCCUUCCCGAACCUGGCUCUGAACAUUGGAGUGCAAAAGGCACAGACGUCGAUCCUGACACUCUGGCUUGCCGCUGUGUUUGGAUUAGCGAUACAAGGCAGCUUUUUCUGGUAUACGAACUGGGCUACGUGGAAACAUCCGAAAUUCUACGAGGGAGAAAAGCUUCCGAAUGCUCGCCUCUUCUUCGCCCUUACUAUUGCUGGGACUGCCUCAAUUAAUGUUGGAAUGGGACUCUGCGCGAAGCUCAUCGACCGCAACUCAAAGGAGCAGCGAGUUGCUCUUUCACGCGUCAAGGAAACCGAGAAGCCUCGUUUGCCUGAGUAUCGCAUGUUCUGGCUUCAACCUGGUGGUCAACGUAUCGGAGACCAGGAGUUUGAUGCAUUCGCAUGCAACGAGGUCAAGACAGAAUACAUUGCAUCAUGGAAUAAUAGGGAAACCCCCGUGCCAAUCUCACUUGUUUGGCUUGGUGUAAGUCUUUCUUUGGUGGGCUGGAUGGUUCAGUUCAUCGGGCUGCGUGGACAGCAUGCUACUGUCUCCCUGUACCAACUCUGCUGCACGAUAACCAUGUCCAUUAUACGCGCUUCGAUUCGGAGCUCCCGGUCCACUCCGAAGAAUGAGCUUGAUCACCCCUCAGAGGAAAUACAAGGCUAUGAAUUGGAAUGGCAAGCCCUUCGCCUCAUCAGUGAAGGCUUCUCCCUGGAGGGUUGUGGUUUUGACUCGGACCAGGAAGCUGAAGUCAACUCACAGUGGUCAUUCGACCCUCAAAUCAUGAGAUCAUUUGAAGGCCAAACUCACUUGACCAUCCAUAGCUCAGUGUCAGAAAAGACCCGUGAGUUGUCGUUCUAUGGGUUGAAGAUGAGGAUUGGCUGGAACGUUGCAGCUGAGGUUGAUUUGCGAAGGGGACAAAAACUCAUCCAGUGGAUUGAAUCUUGUGAUUCAAGAUUCAAUCCCAGCUCCGAUGAGAUAUCUGAAUUGGACAGAACCAUCCUGGGCCCACCAAACAUGGCUGCCAAAUGGGUGCGCAUCCGAACGCGGUUGGCGCAUUUGACGAAACAGCUGCCGUAUCAAACUUGGGAGAAUGACAUUCAGAAGACAGCUCGGCAACUAAAAAACACUCUACAAAAGGCCAGUCAGCUUUUAUAUCCGAUCUCGGGCGAUUUGAGUCAUGUGCAAUCACUUGUCUGGUCAACGAGUGGUCUUGUGUGGGAGUUUCGGCGCUACCAGCUUCGAGAGAGGCCUCUCUGCUUUUGCAUGACGAAAAGAGAUAACGCUUGGGUGAUCGACGAGAACCAGCUCGAGGCUAUCCUAGGUCUGUGGCAUUGGACCUUCUCUAGGUAUGCCACUCCCUUAGGCCUAGAGCCCGGCGAGUCGAUUGGAAGUGAACGAUACAAAGCCAUAGCCAUCCCUCAUCAGGACAAAGGGGCCAUCAGCGUUGUCUUAAAACAAUGGGGUUUAUCAGGAGAUGACCUCAAGGAGAUUGAAUCGGUACCCCCCAUCUGCACCAAUCUAUCUGUCCCCAUCAUGGCCUCGUUAGAGAUCGGGACCAGACCUCGACCCAAAUCGGAACCAGGAGAGGCAAGCUCUGGAGAGAUUUUGUCAGUUGAUGCAACAAGUUCAUUGCUACAGAUGAUGGCACAGGAUCUAUUCACCACGUUUGUUGAGACGAUUGGCAUGCUUCGACUCGGCCGGCUAGAAAAUGUUGCCUUUUCCAACAUUCGCGGACGAGACAACAAUGGAACCGCUUUUGCGGAGGGCAUGGUGCAAUUGCUCGUCUCGGAAAGCCUGGCCACCCACCAGGAGGCAAUCAUGAGCGUUAUCACAGGCCUGUACCCACGUUCAGGGAACUCAAAUAGCAUCCAGACGCAGCAUCUCAUUUUUUCUCGGGCCAUCUCUUUACGGAGACAAGAACAAUUUGACGAGAGCCAACAGGCUGUCAAACCCCUUGCUAGGGUAGGCUCGCUACGAUUCAAAACACGGCCUCUUACGCUCUUGUACGGUGCUUAUCGAUCAGAGAUGUGCUGGAUGAUUCGCCAGCGUCGAAUCUUUACUAACCGAGAGUGUCUCAAGAGACGAAAGGAAAUACUCGAGGAAAUGCAAGAUUUUGGGCCAACCCACAGCACAGAUGAUCUCGAAGCAGCUGAUAACGUUCAACGGCUUCAGCAAAUCUACACCAGCGUAAUCGACUGGUUACUCUGGGCUAACCGCAUUGCUCCGGCGUUUGUCAUUGACGAUGAUUCAAAUCCCCUGUGCACAAUCAAAGAGAGUUCGGUUCUGAGAUCCAUGCAGCCUGCUUUCCAACCUCCGACGCCACUGGACAAGAAAACCUUGGAUGACAUGAAACUAGAUGAUAUCAAGUCCAUGAGAGAUGCCUUUGAAUUGGCCUUGACCUUGGAUCAGAGAUUCAGCCUUGGCGAGUCCAGUGUCCAGGUUCGACGGCAGUUACUCCGAUGGGCCAUUGAGUCAGAGUGUGUGGACUUGGCUGAAGAUCUCUGGCUGGCGGAAAGAAAUUACCCUUGGGAAGAGAGCGCCUUCAGCACUGGAUGUGACGAGCUAUUCUGGGCGGUUAGUCUGCAUACUGAUGCCUGUGACAUGAUCAACACCAUCUUGUUCCUACUCGAAGUGGUGGGGAUGGACCAGUGUGCACCGCUGAAAUGCAGAGAAGAGAUGGGCCAGAGCUGGUGGGCUACUAGCCAGGUGAGGGACUUGAUCGAAGCCAAAUAUGGGCAAGUCUCUAAUGUCUUGGCCGCGGCAUCUGUUAAUUCCAAUGGCCGGGAUGUGAUAGAGCUGCUUACUCGCGACCUGGACCAGCAUGAUCUUGGCCAGUGCGAAUACGUGUGUGAGGCGGUCAGGUCGGCUCUGGAGCACGGAAGCUUGGAAACACUUCGCUGUCUUUUGGGCCAGGCUUUUGAGGGCCGCCGUGCCUGGGGUUGUCGCUUGAAGUUACUAUCGAUACUCGCGGAGUGGGGUCUCAAAGAACAGUUUGAAAUCAUGGCCCAAAAACUCCUGAGCGUUACAAGGCGCCAAAUUGCGUUGGGAGAUUUGGAAUCGUUUCUACAGAUGGCCAGGACCGAGCUGCCGAGGGGAAAAGAAGAAAGGGCACACGAGGUUUUCAACGCUAAUAGAGACGGACUGGUUACAUCUCUCGAGGAAAGAUUGGCGAAACAGCGCGAUUCGGGCUUGAGAACCCGGAUGUGGGAAAGGAUAGAAUAG